GCGGGCUCCGGGCUGCGCUGAGCCGCUGGCGUUUCUCGGCGCGGCCGCCCGAGGCCAGCGAAGCCAUGGGCGCCGCGACCCCGCCGCCGCCGCCGCCCGGCCCCAGGAAGAGAAGUUAAACUUUGAGAGAAACCUAAUGGACAAUCUCCACAACAGAUGGUAACGCAAAAUAAUCCAGAUGGGGUGCAGGUGCUGUAAAAUGAUACAAAGCUAUCUCUUUGAUCCGGCUCAAGUGUCCUCCCCUGGCUAUGUCAACGAGGUGAACAGCUGCAAGGUGGAUGAAGGUGACACUGGUAAACUGAAAGGCAAACAGAGCAGCCAAGUCCUCGUGCACAAAAAUGAGCUGCAGAUCGAGGGCCUGAAGAGGACGUCCAGCAGAGGCCGAGCCUGUGGCGGGCAGGAGCCCCACUGGCCUCCUCCAGGACAGCCCCCUCAGGGGGAUACGGCGGGGGGACACUGUGCGGGCAAGGCCGGUAGUGCCAUCAAUGGCAUCAGCCCUGCCCUGGCCCCCCUGCAGCCCACUGGAGAUCAUGGGCCCCACCAGGAAGACAGGGGCUUACUGCCUGCGAACAGCGUCGCCCCAACUCACCCCUUCCCAGAAAGAGGAGGCCCGGGACAACAGGACAGUGCGCUGCUGGCCUUGCAAGAGACCCCGGUCGUCCGAAAUGGGGACUCUAGAGCUGCUUCCAGGGCGGAAGGUCCUGCCUUGGAAGUACUAGACCAUGACCUCCAGAUCCCGGCCCCAGAUUACCCUCCCCUUUGGGGCUCUGUUGUAGACAAAGCUGAUCGGGAAGAAAAGAACUGUCUUUCCAAGAGCCAGACUGAGGAGGACCCCCUGGUGGGAACUCAGCCCAGGGCAGGGGAGCACGGUUUGAAUAUGCCCUUCCCCUUGAAGAGAAGUUGGGAUUCCUUGAACGAGGCCGUGACGACAGACGGCCUAAGCGUCUGCUUUAAAGAGGAGGCUGUUGCUCAGGCCAAUUCGAGAACCGAGCGGGAGGAUGCACGUGGCUCCCCCGGCGAGCCGGGCGGGGACGCGGAGGAUGAGGAUGCGGCGGUGGCCGAAGCCCUUGCGGCCUUAGAAGCAGCAACCGCCGGAGAAGACGUGGACAUGGACGAGGCAGAUUAGGGCCCUGAGCAGGUGGCGCAGUGCGCACGUUGGGUGCGCGUGCUCUGUGGACAGACUGGUGUUCCCCCCCCCCCCCCCCCCCCCCCCCCGGCGGCCUUCCGGGUUAUUCACUCGAUAUCUGUUCUGAUGAUCGCCGGGGGGCCUGCGCGCGAGCGCUUGUUGUUCAGUACCGACCGCCCCGCGGUGCCGACGGGCCGUCACUCAGGGCUCUGGAAUAAAAAUCAGAGUGGGCGGUGCGGGACUGCCCACGGCGCAUGCAGGAAUUAAACGGCCUGCUCGUCCACCCACGGAUCGAUGUUCUUCAGAAUGCUCUGAAAUCCCGGCGUUUAAUCCCCUCCCCACCCACCAAGGGCGCAGAAUCACAGAACAUUCUGUCUGUAAAUUCUUUGUCUUGCUUUUGCGAGCCAGACAUUGUACCCAACCUGGAAAAGGUAGCUACCCCCACUGAAAGUGCCUAGUGUGUCCCCAGAGCAUGGCUUGCCUUCAGGGACAGUCACCCAGGGAACUAAUCACUAACCACUUGUUUGACAUCGAGUUGAGCUCAGCGGACUUCAGAAUGGAGAAGAAGCCACCAGUAAGCAAAUGGUUAGUCAUUAGCUGCGAUAUUAAGACACCUUGACCUUAACUUUUUUACGUUAUUUUUAAUCUCCUCUGGGACUCGGGGAAGCCGGCCAAAAUAAUUCUGCAAACCGCUUGUGUUGUAUUUGAGUUUUAAGUUCAUGAGGUUGGGAAGAGCCAAGAGAUAGACGUUUUAUGCCACUUAAUGUCUGAUUCUGUUUAAAAUAUAACAACAUAUGCGUCUGUCCGUUGUAACUCAAAGGUAGUUCUGAUUUCCCCAGACCGAGUGUCAGUAAAUCUUGGUGUUUCUUUCCAUUUGGAGAGCCGCACUGCCGAGUGGCAAGUGAGGAGAACCAGUCCGUUUGCUGAGGAUGGCUUCGGCUGUCUGUCUCUGCCAUUCAGACUCAUGAUACCACAUGCUCUGAUCUUACCGAAGGAUGAACCACAGCCCUCUCUGGGUGCCAGUCUUCUAAUUUAUAAAAACAAGAACUGCCUCUCCAACAUGACUCAGUGUAGAAUUUAGAGGAUGGUCCAGUCUCUCUAGAAAACUACAAACACGGAAGAUGCCAGCAUAUGGCAUUUCAUAACACAGGCUCUGAAAUGUGGCUAACCUCGGUUUGCUUUCCAGCUUUGCCACACGACCUUGGGCAAAUAACUUAUCCCUUCUAUUUGCCCAUCCAUUACGUGAGAAUAAUAGUAUAUAUUUGUAAGGAUUAAAUGAGAUUGUGCAAGUAUUUAUCACGGUGCUUGACACACAGUAGGCACUCAAUAAAAAGCUACAUCUUAUCAGUGAGAAACAAAUCCUUGAAAAAUGGUUUUAUGUCCUCACACCUGAAAACUCUAAUACUGUCAAGUGUCUAUAAUGUCAUCACUGCGCUUUGGUGAUCCUUUAAAUAAAAACUUGAUUUCUGAGCUUCCCAGCAUCUUUAAGGAUGGUGGAUGCUUACUGAUGCUUACCAGACGUACAUUACCCUGGGUUGGUUUGGUGGCAUACCGUCUCUACAUACAGGGUCACACCGAGUGCUUAAAACAUAAGCUGUUGUCAUCGUGAAUUGCAUCAUAGGUGGAUUUGCUGUUGUACUAAGUACACUGAGUGCUUCCUGUUUGAGAGUGACCCCUUCAACAGUUUCCCAAAGUGUAUCUGUUGGGAUUAGGUUCAGCUGCAUGUGUUAAGUGGCUUAUAUAAAAAGAGAGAUGUAUUUACCUCUUCAUGUAAACAAAGUCCAUAGUUAGCAGUCCAGGGUGCUAGAGUUCCAUCCCAUCAGCGACCUGUGCUCCCAUCAUCUUGGCUUCCUUCUCAAGGUUACUGUGUCUUCCAAUCCUUGGGUGUCCUUUCCAUGCAGGAAAAAGAAGGAAGGGAAUCACCCUCCCUUCCAUUUAUACCUCCUUGGUCAACAUCUAGUCACAUGGUCACAUUGAGCCACAAGAAAGGCUAAGAAAGCUUAUUUUUCUCUUUGGCUGGAUUUUCCAGUUAAAUUCAGGAUUUGCUUACUGAAAAGAGGGAGAAGAGACAUUGAACGUUGAGGCAGUGAGCUUGCUCUGUCUGCCACAUCAGGUCCUCAGAAUGCAAGAGCCCUGGAGAGAGCCAGUUUGCAAGAGGUAUUCACAGUUGACAUAUCAGAAGGGCAUUGAAUUUUUGGUCCAGUGGAAGGAGGACUGGACCGCGACAGGCAUCCUGACUUCCCGCUGCUGUCUCAACAACAGGAGGGUGAAAGAGGACAAUUCAGACGGAAGAGGGGUAGGGUGAGGAAUGAGUGCAGACAGUCCCUUUGGCUUGCGUAGAAACACACUUCUGCGCUUGGCAUGUGUACAUGCUUUCCCAUUUUGAGACUGCCACGGGUAUUUCACCAUGUUAACGGUUCACCUAAGUUUUAAAGAUUCUUUUUGUGCAAAUAACUGCUUCAGAAACGUUAGCAGAUGACCACGAUUUUCGAGUGUGUUUUUUUUAAAGCUAUCAUGGCGCCUUUUGUCUACCCCCCCAUAUCCAGGCUGUACCAAAGGAUGUCCGAGGAUAGAAUCUUCAGGUUGAAAAGAAAUUCCAGAUGUUACCUUUAUCCACCAGGUUGUCUAGCAACUGACUAGCAUCCCACUCUGUGUUCCUUCUAGAGCCUGGUGCCACCCCAUAUCAGAAAAGUGGUUGAUUGGCAGUAGUGAACUUUUCAAAUAUUCUGGGCAACUUGAAAGCACGGAUGCACUCUGAACAGAAGGCACAGGCUCUGAUUAGGAGGGGACAUCCUGGUCUUUCGUGAUCUAAGCAAAUUGUGUCAUGUGGCUAUUUGCCACGUUAAAUCUUGAUUUUGAUACAAGAUUAUUUCUA